ACGGAUCUUGCGUCACUGCUUCUUUAAAGCAGGGAGCCGUGAACGGCCAGGCCACGGAAUCCCGGAGCAGAUGGACAGUGACGGAACCUAAAAACACGGACCAGAACCCGCACCACAACCUGGAUUAAAUACCGGGACUUAACUGGGGGGUUAAAAAAGAUUAAAACUGGAUAAUAACCUUGUGUAUAGGAGCUUUUGAUCGAAGUGGAGGCGCUCAAGUAGCCGGGCCUUUUUUCCCACAAUGGCCGACACCGAGGUCUCCUUAUCCCCGGCGCUCCACCCGCUCCACAUUAGCCCCGCCCACUCUGCCCAGCCACCGCCGCCGACCUCCUCCGCCUCUCCGACCACUUUCUCCUGUCCUUCCUCUCCCUCUAGUGCCUCUUCCUCCUCCUCCUCUUCUUCAUCCUCCUCUUGCUCUGAAAGCUCCUCAGACUGCCCCAACCACCACCACCACCAUCAUCAUCAUCAUCCUCGCCCUCAGCUCCAGCUGCCGCCGCCGCCGCCCCUCAGCGAGCAGCCGUCGUCGCCCAGCGCCAGCCCGCGCAGCUCCAGCCCCAGCGGCAGCAUCAGCAGCACCGGCAGCCUGGGCAGCAGCAGCGAAGGCAUCGGCAGCAGCGGCGUGUCGAGCGGCGGCGACCAGCGGGGCCCCAGCCCGCUGCUGGACGUCAUCUCCGAGGACGCCAUGGAGAUGGACCUGGUCGUCGAUCAAGUGAUUGACCCAGAGGUGGCUCUCAAGGCCUGUCAGGAAGUUCUUCUGAAAGUGAAGCUGCUCGACAACAAACAGCAGCAAGACGACCAGAAGCAGCACCAUCAGCAUGCGGAGACGACCGACUGCGGCGGCCCGCCGUGGCACAUGAACCCCGACACCAGCUUCAUCAAAGAGGAAGAGGAGGAGAACAACGACGAAGGACAGCGAGAGACUCCUGCUGUCCAGAAGCAGACGCCUCCUGCAGCGCCGUACGAGUCGCCUUCGCCGUCGUCUUCCAAGCAGUCGUGGCUGCUGCGGCUGUUCGAGUCGAAGCUGUUCGACGUUUCCAUGGCGAUCUCUUACCUGUACAAGUCGAAGGAGCCGGGCGUUCAGGCGUACAUCGGGAACCGGCUCUUCAGCUUCCCGGACGGCGAGGUGGACUUCUACCUGCCGCAGCUCCUCAACAUGUACGUCCACAUGGACACGGAGGUGGGCGACGCCAUCAAACCUUACCUGAUCCACCGCUGCGGGUCCAGCAUCACCUUCUCCCUGCUGUCCGCCUGGCUGCUAGGCGCCUACUCCUCCGACAUGCACAUCUCCACGCAGCGCCACUCCAGAGGCACCAAGCUCAGAAAGCUCAUCUUGUCUGACGACCUCAAGCCGCGGUCGGACGAGCCUCGGCCCGUUUCAGGGUCCGUCUCCGACAGCCCGCUGCCCUCGCCGCCCCACCGUCACCGCCGCCACAACAGCAGCAACGUGGACGCCUGCGGCUCCCCGGAUGGCACCGACCAGGGGGACGUGUUCGUUUCUCCGUCCAGGAGGACCCACCAGAGAUCCAAGUCCGACGCCACCAUGGCGAGCGGCUUCCCCGGCGCCGGCCUCAGGCGGACGGGCAGCAACCCGAAGGUGGAGGUGGUCCAUGAAGAGCCGGAGCGUCUCCGUCCUCAGAGGGAGUUCGUCAAGUCUCUGUUCUGCAUCGGGAAGCGUUUGGCCACGCUGCCCACCAAAGAGCAGAAGACGCAGCGGCUGAUCUCAGAGCUGUCGAUGCUCAACCACAAGCUGCCGGCCCGGGUUUGGUUACCGACCGCCGAGCACCAGCACCACGUCUGCCGGGUCCCCCACACCCAGGCCGUCGUCCUCAACUCCAAGGACAAGGCUCCGUACAUCAUCUACGUGGAGGUUCUGGAGUGCGACAGCUUCGAAACGUCUCCGGUUCCCACGCGGAUCCCGGAGACCCGGAUCCGCUCGGCGCGCUCUGCGGAGAACCUGGACUGCGGCACGCCCGGUAAUGGCAGCAGCAUGACCUCGGAGCACAGAGCAGGAAGUUUCUCCACCGUCCCGAACUACGACAACGACGACGACGCCUGGGCAACCGACGACAUCGGACAGCUGCAGGUGGAGGGAGAGGCUCAGACCAGCAGCAGCGACAACAUCAGCCAGUUUUCCGUCGACAGCAUCACCAGCCUGGAGAGCAAAGAGCCCGUGUUCAUCGCCGCGGGAGACAUCAGACGCCGCCUGUCGGAGAACCUCGCUCAGACUCCGACCACGUUCAGGAGAGACCCAGAAGACCCGUCUGCCGUCGCCCUCAAGGAACCCUGGGAGGAGAAAGUCAGGCGGAUCAGAGAAGGUUCUCCUUACGGCCACUUGCCCAACUGGAGGCUGCUGUCGGUCAUCGUGAAAUGUGGAGACGACCUGCGGCAGGAGCUGCUGGCCUACCAGUUCCUCAAGCAGCUGCAGUCCAUCUGGCAGCAGGAGCGAGUUCCUCUGUGGAUCAAACCCUAUAAGAUCCUGGUGAUGUCAUCAGACAGCGGGAUGAUCGAGCCCGUCCUCAACGCCGUCUCCCUGCACCAGGUGAGGAAGCAGAGUCAGCUGUCGCUGCUGGACUACUUCCUGCAGGAACACGGCAGCUUCACCACCGAGGCGUUCCUCACGGCUCAGAGGAACUUCGUCCAGAGCUGCGCCGGAUACAGCCUCAUCUGCUACCUGCUGCAGGUCAAGGACAGACACAACGGGAACAUCCUGCUGGACUCUGAAGGUCACAUCAUCCACAUCGACUUCGGCUUCAUCCUGUCCAGCUCUCCCCGGAACCUCGGCUUCGAGACGUCCGCCUUCAAACUCACCUCAGAGUUCGUAGACGUGAUGGGCGGCCUCGAUGGAGACAUGUUUAUCUACUACAAGAUGCUGAUGCUGCAGGGUCUGAUUGCAGCCAGAAAGCACAUGGAGAAGGUGCUGCAGAUCGUCGAAAUCAUGCAGCAAGGCUCCCACCUGCCCUGCUUCCACGGCUCCAGCACCAUCCGGGGCCUGAAGGAGCGUUUCCACAUGUCCCUGACGGAGGAGCAGCUCCAGCUGCUGGUGGAGCAGCUGGUGGACGGAUCCAUGCGCUCCAUCACCACAAAACUCUACGACUCCUUCCAGUACGUCACCAACGGCAUCAUGUGACCUGUGACCCCGGCGGAAAACACAAACAAAUAAACAAACAAAAUAAAAACCCACCCGCUGCUGCCACUUCCUGUUUGGGAUUCAGGAGUUACCGUGGCAACGACUGGAUUUACUGGAUUUUGUGAUUCUUCUGGAAUCGGAUGGAUCUGAUCUGGUUUUUGUUCGGAUCUUGGAAAAAUGCAAAAUCUGGAUCGUUUUCAGAUCACAAACACUAAACGUGUCAGACGGCAUCGGACAUGAGUUUACUGUGCUGCUGGACCUUAACCACUUCUACUGGACUCGACUCGGAACCAGAACCCGCAGGCUGCCGGUCCUGGUGUCUGGACCAGUCGACGGUUUUAAAGCUGUUGCUGUGAAACGAUCAUUUCAUCAUGAAGGAUUCUGUCGUUUAUUUUCAGGAACUUUAUCGAUCUGCAAGCUGUAAUUUGGACUCCAAACUUGUGAGAUUAUCCGACUGAAAGGCGGUUCUGUUUGGGCUCAGUCGGAUCAACGAACCACCUGACCUGGAAAUGAAUCAAGUGCUUUACAAAAUACAACAACUCUACGUAAUAUCAGCAGACGUCAUGACUGGAAAACAGAGGAACUGGGUGGAAAAUAAUUUCUUAGCCUUAAACGUUCAGAAGUGUUGAAAAUAACCAAAAAGGAGAAAAAGUUUGUGGUGCAGUUAUUAAUAAUCUGCAAGAAAUUAUAUCAGCCAGAUGAACCCUGUAGUAGUAAAGCAAAAAAAUAUCCAGGGAUUUAUUUAUAUGGAGACUUUUGACCACUUCAAACCUAAAAAUACUAGCAAGCCCUUUCAAGCUGGAAAAGCUCACAAAAAACCCGCAAAAUCUUACCCUGUAUUUUUGUCAUAUCUUGUACAAAUAUCUUAGGUUUGACUUAUUUGAAGUGCGCUAACUUACAAGUAACAUUUGAGCAAAAUAUAGGAGCUUGUUUCACUUAUUUUGAUGAAAAAAAUACAACUUCCACUGAUUAUUUCAUUUAGAAAAUGGGGAAAAUGUAAAGCAAACUGCCGGUGGAACUAGAACUGGGUUGCUAGGUAACGUGCUGGGCUUGGCUGAGGUUGCUAGGUAACGGCUCAGUUCCAGUUGAUUGUGAAGUAAUAUAAUACGCCAGUGGAACUAGUACUUUUAAAAAAUCAAAAUGAAUGAAUUAUUUACGUAAAACAAGAUCUUAUAACUUACUGAAAAGUUACCUGCACGUUGGUUUUGUCUUAUUUCACUAAGAUUUUUGCACUAGAAACUAAACUAAAAAUACGUGGGAAGAGUUUGUGUUCUUUGCAGUGCAUCUGAGAAAAUCAAACUGGGCAGCGAACACCAGCAAGCGACCGAGGAAAUGAAUCGGUAUUUGUUCUUACAGAACAGGAACACUAACGCGAUAAAAGCACAUCAGGAACUGAGGGUUGCUGGUGUUAAUUUCUGGAUUUGUUCUCUGGAUAAGCAGAGGGACAGAAAGGAGAUUUGAAAAUUAUUAGUUUUUUGUCUUUUA